AUGAACGACGACGACGUCCCCGACGUCGAGCGGCCGUCGACGUCGAGGCGCGCGUCGUCGUCCUCCGUCGACGCGCUGGGGUCGAGCGACGCCGAGACCGUGAUCGCGCGCGUGCUCGAGCACGAACGGAAUUACUACGAGGUGUUGGGCGUCCCUCGAGGGGCGUCCGCGGCGGAGUGUAAGCGCGCGUACCGCGCCACCGCGCGCGUGCUGCACCCGGAUAAAUGCCGAGACGCGCGAGCGACGAGCGCGAUGGCGGUGGUGACGAGCGCGCACUCGACGCUGACCACGCCGGCGUUGCGCGCGGCGUACGACUUGUACGCGUCGAGGGUGGACGUCCGGGACGCGAGCGCGGAUUCGUUCGGGGCGUGGCAAUCGAAGGAGGGACAGGCGGCGAUGCACUUGCCGCCGUGGUUGAUAAAAGCGAUGGCGACGCCGGUUUUGGGGCAAUUGAUCGGGAUCUUGGCGUUACUCUUGGCGCUGAGUCUCGGAUUGUUCCUUCUCGCGUUGACGCUCGCGUACUUGGUCGUGCACAUGUUCUUUUGGUUUGUGUGUUGCUUUGGAUGCUGUGGGUCGUGCUGGCCGAGGUACGGGUUGGGGAAGAGGAUACAUGAGAAGCGUCAAGAACGAUUCAUGGAGAUGAUGCGCGAUUACGAGCGUUCGGUGAACGAGGCGCGCGCGGGCGGCGACCAAGAGCCGCACCCGACGGUUUUCUUCGCCCAGUGGAACGUGGACCAUCCCGAGCCGGAUUGGGCCGAGGUGAUUCGUCGUGAGGACGAGCGGGCGCGCGAUAAAGAUAAAGCGUCGUCCGGUGCGAUGCCUUCGUACGGCGCCGCGUAG